AUCAUUCAUUCAUACGCUCGUAGUGGGAGCGUUGUCGGUGUGUAUGAAAAUACAAAUGAGAGCAGCAAGGAUUGCGUUUGUUUUUUUAAAGGCUUCUCUCAACGAUCUUUUACAGUCAGUUAAAUGAUCUCGUGUCAUUACAAAGUGGUCGACUGAACAAACAAGGAUAUAAACAUUAUUUAAACGACGUCAAAAUUUUAUACAAUAUAUAAACCGCUUGCCCUGAAGAUUUCACCAGUGUCAACAAUGGCUGGAAUCAAGAUCAGCGAUGCAGAUCGUGAAAAUAUGGAUUCAAAAUUUAUAUGUAGUUUUUGUCAUUACCUCCUUGUCAAUCCUUUACAGACCUCGUGUGGACAUUUGUUUUGUAAAUCUUGUAUUGACAUCUUGCUUGGGUUAGAUAAACAUAAAUUCUUAAGUUAAAUUUUUCUCCAAAUCAUCUUUGAAAUGAUAUGAGAUUUAAAGAUGAUACUUGUCAUAUUUACACUUUCAAAGAUGCCAUGAUUGCAAUAUCCUAUCACUUAUCUCAAUGUUGUAUAAUAUAUCUGAAUGUUGUAUCCUGUUUGGGCUCUAUGGGAGCAUUUAUUGAACAUAAUUCCUAAAGAAAUGCUGUUAGAAUAUUAUUGAAAUAAAUAGAGAUUCCCAUAUAUGUAUCUCUUUGUUGUAUCUCAGAUUUCAAUGUUGAAUCACAUAUCACAAUGUUGUAUCAAAUAUCUCAAUGUAACAUAAUAUUAAUCCUGACAUGGUUUAUAUGCACAUGAAAAACAUGUGACUUGGACUAGAUUUGAACUCACACCUUCGGGAUACUAGGUUUAGCUAUGUUAUUCUCUGAUGAUGGUUUUGGAAUGAAUAUCUCAAUGUUGUAACACAUAUCUCAAUGUUGUAACACAUAUCCCAAUGUUGUAUCACAUAUCCCAAUGUUGUAUCACAUAUCUCAAUGUUGUAACACAUAUCCCAAUGUUGUAUCACAUAUGUCAAUGUAAGAAGAUAAUUUUUAACCCUUAAGAGGUUGUAGCAUAUCUUGUACCAAAUGAAAUAAAAACCAGCUAUAGAGAAAGUUUGCCACAUUAAGGGUUUUUAUCCUAAAUUUCUUCCUAUUUUAAUAUGCAUAACUGCAUUUCAAUUUCUAUAUAAUAUUAUGCAAAUCAUAUGCUGCAAAAUUUUUCAUAUCAUGUUAGUUUAAGUAGUGCCUCAAAAUUGUUAUUUGGGUUUUUUGACGUGAUAGUUAGAAAGUAGAAACAGUUGCCAAAUCUUGCUCAAAAUAGCAACUCAUUUUAAAAGGUGGUAAAUUUGUCAGACAUGCAUGAAUGAAUUUUGCUCCCCUUUCCUCUAGGCACCAACUGUGGAACAGGUUACCACAUUGUUUGAAAUUCACCAUUUUUUUAACAGUUUUUAUAUUCCUUUAAUCUGUAUUGGUCCUAAUCCAAAAUGUCCUGAAGAUCAGGAAAAAAGUUGAGCAAGAAUGAGGUUUUCCCGGAUGCUUUCACCAAGCGUGAAAUGAAAAAGAUUCAAUUACAUUGUCUCUCUGAACAGUGUAAAUGGUUUGGUGCCUACGAAGAAUUGGAAGGUCAUUAUCAAGUUUGUGAGCAUGCGCUCAUCAGCUGUAUACACAAGCAAUGUAACAUUCAGUUACCUCGCUCUCUUCUUGGUGAACAUUUGAAGAAUGAUUUUGAAUAUCGAAAUGUAAAAUGUGAAUAUUGUGGUAAAGAUGUCCCGUAUGCUUCACUUAAGGAUCAUAAAGAAAAUGUAUGUGAAAAUGCACUCAUCACUUGUAAAUAUUGCAAUCAAAUGAUACCCAGGAAGGAUAUUGAGCACCAUGAAAGUACAAUUUGUGAUGAAGUGCCCACUGAUUGUGAAUUUCAAGCUAUUGGAUGCAGUCGUGACAAAACAUUAAAACGAAAGGAGAUCCAACAACAUAUGAAGGACAAUCUAAUUGAUCACGUGUUCGCCUUGUUACGAUAUGUUAAAGCAUUUCUUACCUUGUUAAGUAACUAUGUACUACGCCCAGAGUUUACCAAUGCUGUUCAAGACUUGGGUGACCGAAUCACAGCUGUUCGUUCUAAUCUCUCAGAAAAAUUUUUUAUGCUAGUAGGAAAACUUACCGGCCUGGAAAGGAAGAUCGAGAGUCUAGAAAGGAGAAUUGAGAGUCUUGAGAAUCGUGGUGAGCAAAAUCGAAUAGCUUCCCUUGAGAGUCAAGUUACUACAAUUUCCGCAAUUAUACAAUGGAUGUGGGAGCGUUUGGAUGAGAGGGGUGACUUACCGGAAGAACUCCAUGAUGCGCGCGCACUUUGAUCUAUUGGCCCAAGCUCUUCUACAAUUAGUCCAGUAAACGAAGGAUGUUUUGUAUGGUGAAGUUAGACAAAAAUAAUAGACAAAAUAGUUUCUCGCCUAAAAUAAGGCUUACAAAGAAUUUUUUUCGCGUGAAAUCUCUUUAUUUUUGUCAGUUUAGUGUACACAUUCACUUAAACUUCUUAAAUUUUAUCAAAACUUUUCUUAUAAUUUGACCUUAGGAAAAUCCAAGAUCGCUGCCAUCGGACAAAUCAAAGAUGGUCCUCGUUCAAUAUUUGUAAGCUAAGAAACUGUAAGGAAGUACAAUUUUUGUUUUGAAACUGCCUUCACAGUUCUAUCUGAUUAUUUGAAAAGGCUCGAAGGAGUGGUAACCUUACUCAUUCUUACGGGACAAAGACCAGAAUUGGACUUCUGCUAUUCUGUUUCAUUGCGAGAAAGAUCCACACAGCACCAUGCUUGCACUUGAUGUUAGGUGCGUUGACAAUGGAACCUAGCAGAAUUUGAAGUUGGCGGAAGUUUCUUCGGAAGUAAAAACCCUGUGUAAAAUGCGACUUAUUCUGGAACUUCUGUACACAUGCGGAUGCUAAACUUGAUAAUGGUGUACAACCAUACGUAUCAAGUAGGGAUUUCUCGUCAGAUCGAUUGCCGCCUUUAAAAAAGAAGCACUCAUGAACACUGUACAAGAAUUUUUAAGGGUUGCAAACUUCUUCAGCACAGCCACCUCAACAAUGCCAUGUGGUGGGGACGUAGUGUCAAAGCAACUGAUGGCAAGUUGGGUAGUUAUGCAUGCAGUUUUUCUCGUCAUUUUCACUUUAUGUCGCUAAAUGUGAGACAACUUUAAGACAUCUGUAUCUUUGGAUAAUUGGAGGUAUGGCAGGCCAUUCAGUUAGUGAGUACAAAUUUUUUCAAAAACCUAAGACGAAAGUCAAAACUAAGUCAACAAAGCUAUUAAGUCAAAACCCUAGCGUCUGCAGUUGAUAUAAAAACUGCUACUGGAAGCUUCAAUAUGUACUUGCGGCUAAUUAGUGUCAGAGAGAACUCCCUCUUCCUGAACUAUUGGAGCAUGAGUUGUGUCCUUUUCCUAUAUCCUUAUAUAUAAACAGCUUGCGUAUGCUGUUGGAGAUGCAGAUUAUAAAAUUUGCCUUGAAGCGUCUCACUUUGCAUUGAAUAAUUAACCAACAGCUGUCGUAGCCAAAGAUACUUAUGUCUUUCUGUUGUUGGUUUAACAUUGGGAUCUCUCUAGUAGUGACCUCUAAAUGAAAAGGGAAAGGACGAGACUGACUGUAUGUACAUCUCCCCUAAAGAAGAAACUUGAUCUAAUCCAUUCAAAAAGUUUUCUUUUCUUACAUGCCAUCAUUUGCUGUGAUACUACUUCUCCACCACUUCACAUUGUCAAUGCGACUGUGCUGAAGAAGUUUUCAACCCUUAAAGAUUCUUGCACAGUAUUCAUGAGUGCUUCUUCUUCAUAAGCAGAAAUCGCUAAAGCCUAAGACAAAUCCUACUUCAUAUGUAUGGUUGUAGCUACAACAUUAUCAAAUCUAGUAUCUGCUCGUGUACAGAAGCUCCAGAUUAAAGUCACAACUUCUAUAAGGUUUAUGCCCCUGGAGAAGCUUCUGUCAACCUCCGAUGCCGCUAGGUUCUAUUGCUACUGCACCUACCAUCAAGUGCAAGCUUGGCAGAGGUUGGAUCUUCCUCUCAAUGCAUGGGGAUGGCAGAAGUCUAAUUCUGGUCUUUUUUUUAUAAGAAUGAGCAAGGAGACCGCUACAUCAAGCAUUUUCAAUAUAAUCAGAUAGAAGUGUGAUGGCAGUUUCAUAGCAAAAGGUGUUGUACUUGCUGCAAGAAUGAGUUGAACUAUACAACUGCCUGUGGGCAGCUCAAAAGAAUCAUGUGUCUAAAUAACUUGCAAGAGGAACAAAGGAAAGAAAAUGGCGAUGAUGACACAGUUUUCUUAGUUUACAACAUUUACACAUAGUGAACGCGGACCAUCAAUGACUUGUCCAACGGCGGCCAUCUCAGUCGUCAAUAUUCCUACGGUCAUCAUUUUAUAGGGUUCCCAUGGAUAGAAUCAGGUUGGGUUUUAUAAAUACUUUGACUAUCGCAAAUAGACAUAUUCUGGGUGAGAAAACUUCGAUAUCAUUUUUGGGUAACCUCUGUCAUUUGCUUUCUGGACUAAAUAGCGCGGUAACUAAGACCUGUAUAUAAUCACUUUGGCAAAUUUCAAUUCAAUCACAUCAGUACGACUUUUCACUAUAUUCAUUCGGUAGUUUUGAAGAGUGUUCAUAUUUCUUAAGGAUUUGCUUAGCGAAAAGCCUUUAUGUCAUCAGGUCUUUGAGAUAGAUAGUAACAGAUGACGUAUUGCGUAUGGUUCCGAAAUGAAUAUUCGUGAAAUAUUAUUUUCGUAAAGUACUCUGACAAAUGAACAUAUUAUCACUGAAUUUGAGGUGGACAAAUUUGUAAAUAUCAUAAUUGAUUUUGUUGUGUCAAAAAUUGUAAAUACGUAAGAAUAUUAAAUAUACUUGCAUAACUAAACCAUACUUCAGUGUAUUUCGUAAUUUUCAUUGACAAAAUAGCAAAUCCUCAUUCAGUGGCUAUUUGUUGUUAAUGUGCGAUGAUCGAUGAUGGUUGAAUAUCUUUGUAAAUUAGUAAUAAAAUGCUUUGUAAUGAUAUUUUAUAUUGUAUUUUGUAUGUUUCAUUUUGUAAGAUAAAAUAAUAAAAAAGCCUUUUAAAAACACGAGCACCGGUUGUUUUUAUUACUCUUCAGAAAGCGGUGGAUCCAGGAAGGAUUUUUUCGAUGGGUGCUUGUCUUAGUGAUCA